AUGCCUGUACCAACACCCGCACCGUGCGUCAUCCUAUUCGCUGGGGCUCCCCCUCCAACCUCUUUCGACCCUCAAGCCUGCACCCUCAGCCACUUUGAGGAACCAUUCCUAACCUUUUUUGGCCAUCUUGAUCUUGACAGCAAGCAUCAACCGCAGCAACGGGACGCAGAACCAGCUUCAGAACCUGAAAUUGCGUCGCAGCAACCACACGCCGUAUGGCGGUCUGUGCCUCUGAACCGCCGCCCUCUUCAUACCGGCCUGAGCCAGAACCACAGCAUCUUUCUCGAUGCCUCUUUCCAAGCUCACCGGGACUUUUUCACCACGGCAGAUGCGCACUCUGUAGAUGAGACCCGGUCUCUCGACUGCGGUGACGAUGGGGGGGCACUUCUCACGCAGUUUUGCGAGGAGUCUCUGGCGGCUCAUAACUUGGUUCCGUCCAGCCAGUUACAGGCCGGCAGCUUCAGCAUGGACACGAACGAAGGGACUGCUACCACAACGUCUUUCUUAACUGACUCUUCAAACGAUGUCUCCCUGCAAGAACAAGCUGCCACCCGGCCGUUGCCCACUCCUGUACCAUCGCAUCUCUCAGACCUGGAAGACGUCCCUUCAGCGAAGCGCAUCCUCGCCCUGAGCCCCCAGACAGUGACUCUCAAUUUGAUUGUUGCUGUCAUCUCCAUCGCUCAGCCCCGAACUGUCACGACCCGCUGGGGCACAACCCUAUCCCUGGUGGAGGUGCUCGUUGGCGAUGAGACAAAGUCGGGCUUUGCCGUCACCUUUUGGCUUACCAACGACCAAGCCUCGACCAGCCAAGUGAGCAAACUACGCCGGCAAGAUGUUGUUUUGAUGGAAAACGUGGCCCUGCACGUCUUCCGGGGCAAGGUCUACGGCCAAAGUCUACGCAAGAACCUGACUCGGGUGAGCCUUUUGUGGCGGAGUGAUGGCGGCGGUUACUAUCAAACCAGAGACCUCACCAGACGAGCCGCCGCGAAACAUCCCCAGCGAGAGAAGACGAGGCUCGUAAAAGAUUGGGUUCUUCACUUUGUCGGCAGAGACUUGGGAGCAGUCACCCGGAAGCGGGCCAGUCGAAAAUCGUGGGAUCAGCCUCCCGAUGAUACACAGUAA